GUUGUCUUGGAGUGGAGUAGAGACCAGUAUCAUGUUAUGUUUGAUUCAUACAGAGACAACGUUGCUGGCAAAUCAUUUCAGAACCGGCUUUGUUUACCCAUGCCAAUUGAUGUGGUAUACACCUGGGUGAACGGCACAGAUGUUGAGCUGAUCAAAGAAUUGCAACAGGUCAGAGAACAGAUGGAGGAAGAACAGAAAAUAAUGAGGGAAAUCCUUGGAAAGAAUGCAACAGAACCAACAAAGAAGAGUGAGAAGCAACUGGAGUGUUUGCUGACACACUGCAUCAAAGUGCCAAUGCUUGUCCUGGAUCCUGCGCUGCCUACCAACGUCACACUGAAAGACCUGCUGUCCGUUCAUCCUGCUUUACAAGCUGCUAGCAAUAUGUUCUUUGUAGCAAAACCAAAAAAUCCUUCUACCAAUGUGACAGUGAUUGUUUUUGAUAGCCCUAAGGAUGUUGAAGCUGCCCAUUCUGGAAUGUUAAAAGACAACAGCAAACAGAUUGUAUGGAGAGGUUACUUGACGACAGACAAAGAAGUUCCAGGUCUAGUAUUAAUGCAAGACUUGGCCUUCCUGAGUGGAUUUCCGGCUACAUUCAAAGAAACAAAUCAGCUACGAACAAAACUACCAGAGAGCCUGGCCUCUAAAGUAAAACUGUUGCAGCUCUAUUCAGAAGCCAGCGUGGCUCUCUUGCAGCUGAAUAACCCUAAGGGUUUCCAAGAACUGAGCAAGCAAGCAAAGAAGAACAUGACUAUAGAUGGAAAAGAACUGACGCUUAAUCCUGCUUAUUUACUAUGGGACCUCAGCUCUGUCAGUCAGUCUAAGCAGGAUGAAGAUAUUUCUGCCAGCCGUUUUGAAGAUAAUGAAGAGCUGAGAUACUCAUUACGAUCAAUAGAGCGGCAUGCCCCUUGGGUACGACAUAUUUUCAUCGUCACUAAUGGGCAGAUUCCUUCCUGGCUUAACCUCGAUAAUCCUCGGAUAACCAUAGUGACCCAUCAGGAGAUAUUUCAGAAUGUGAGUCACUUACCUACCUUCAGUUCACCAGCUAUUGAAAGUCACAUUCAUCGUAUCAGUGGCCUCUCUCAGAAGUUUAUCUAUCUCAACGAUGAUGUUAUGUUUGGGAAGGAUGUUUGGCCUGAUGAUUUUUACAGUCACUCUAAAGGUCAAAAGGUUUACUUGACAUGGCCUGUGCCAAACUGUGCUGAGGGGUGUCCUGGCUCAUGGAUUAAAGAUGGUUACUGUGAUAAAGCCUGUAAUAACUCAGCAUGUGAUUGGGAUGGAGGUGAUUGCAUUGGUAACAGUGGGGGUAGUCGCUAUGUUGCUGGUGGAGGUGCAGUUGGAGGUAUCGGGAAUGGACCACCGUGGCAGUUUGGUGCAGGAAUAAGUGGUGUUUCGUACUGUAACCAAGGCUGUGCUAAUUCCUGGCUAGCAGACAAAUUCUGUGAUCAGGCCUGCAAUGUCCUCUCCUGUGGAUUUGAUGCUGGUGACUGUGGACAGGAUCACUUUGAAGAGAUGUACAAGGUGACACUUCAGCUUAAUCAGACCUACUACGUUAUUCCCAAAGGUGAAUGUCUGCCCUACUUCAGCUUCAGUGAAAUAGCCAAGAAAGGAAUUGAGGGUUCAUAUAGUGAUAAUCCAAUUAUCCGACAUGCUUCAAUCGCCAACAAAUGGAAGACUAUCCACCUCAUAAUGCAUAGUGGCAUGAAUGCAACUAUGAUCUAUUUUAACCUUACAUUUCUAAAUAAAAAUGAUGAAGAGUUUAAAAUGCAGGUAGCUGUUGAAGCUGAUACUAGAGAAGAACCAAAACUGAACACAACUUCCAUGCAAAAAUCUGACUCUGAUUUAAAAACUAUAACUUCAAUACCAGAAGCUGAAAUGAUAUUUGAGGAUAUUCCUGAAGAAAAACGCUUUCCAAAAGUCAGGAGACAUCGAAAUGGCACCAAAGAGAGUCUACAUGAAGAGGUAAUAAUACCAUCAGUAAAUGUGUCUCUUCUUCCUGAAGAUGUUCAGCUAGCACUGCAGAACCUGGACUUAAAACUACUAAAUGGUGAUAUCACUCAGAAAGGAUUUAACUUAUCCAAGGCUGCUCUCCUGCGACCUUUCCAAUUCUUAACUACAGUAAAGAGUAUUAUAGGCCUGGAAAAGAAGGGCAUGCAUAAUUCUUCAGAAGAUCAGAAGAACCAUACCAGCUGGCAGAAGCCUUAUAGAGAUGUCAACGAUAGCAAAACAAAAGCAAUAAAAACAAAUGAAGAAGUUCCUUCAAGGCUUACAGGAACAAAGGGGACUGUUGUGAAAAUGAACACAAAUAAACCUAUUUAUAAAAUAAAGCCUAAACCCACACUUCCCUCCCAGAGCAUGGGAAAUAAAAAUGAAACUCGAGAAAAAGUAUUGAAUGCUCUCAUAUUAAGGGAAACGCAGAAAUCAAAACAUACUGGGAAUUUAGAUACUAGAGAAGAUGCACAGGGUGUGGAAGGAGGAAAAGGGCAUGUGCAAGUGGAUACAAAUGUAAGGGAGGGCCUGGUGGGAAGAAAAUUACAGUCAUAUGCUGGAAGCUACCAAGGCUUUUUGCCAUGGGAGAAAAAGAAGUAUUUCCAGGAUCUUCUUGAUGAAGAAGAGUCACUACUCAAACAAAUGUCAUACUUUACUGAUGGCAAACAUUUUGGAAGGCAGCUGAAAGAUACAUUUGCUGAUUCUCUUCGAUAUGUAAAUAAGCUAUUAAACAGCAAAUUUGGAUUUACAUCUCGGAAAGUCCCUGCUCAUAUGCCUCACAUGAUUGACCGCACUGUUAUGCAAGAGCUACAGGAUAUGUUUCCUGAGGAGUUUGACAAGACAUCAUUUCACAAAGUGCGGCACUCAGAAGAUAUGCAGUUUGCUUUUUCAUAUUUCUACUAUCUUAUGAGUGCAGUCCAGCCACUGAACAUUUCUCAGAUCUUCAAUGAGGUUGACACAGACCAGUCGGGCAUUUUGUCUGACCGAGAGAUUCGCACAUUGGCUACGAGAAUCCAUGAACUACCAUUAAGUUUGCAGGAUUUGACAGGUCUAGAACAAAUGCUAAUAAAUUGCUCUAAAUCUCUUCCUGCCAACGUAACUCAGAUCCAUGUCAUUCCUCCAACUCAGGAAGCAUAUUAUGAUCCCAAUCUGCCUCCAGUAACAAAAAACCUAGUAACAAAUUGCAAACCUGUGACUGACAGAAUUCGUAAGGCAUACAAGGAUAAAAACAAAUACAGGUUUGAAAUCAUGGGAGAAGAGGAAAUUGCCUUCAAAAUGAUUCGCACAAAUGUUUCUCAUGUGGUUGGUCAGCUGGAUGACAUACGGAAAAAUCCCAGCAACCACCUUCCAAAGAAAAGGGUGCUGUAUUUGAGACUCACAUCUAAAUCUGAAUCUGUGUUGCAGAAGCAUUUAACUAUAGUCCUGAACCCAUUCUGUAAGACUGGGGUUCAACAAGACAUGAAAUAUCGAGAGUUCUCUGCUAGUUUAAUGAGUUUGACCUCAAAGAGGGGUCUAACAAGUGUCAAAAACAGAACAAGGAGGAAAAUAAAGAGCAGAAAAUUUGUUUGCCUAAAUGACAAUAUUGAUCACAAUCAUAAGGAUGCUCAGACAGUGAAAGCAGUGCUGAGAGAUUUUUAUGAAUCAAUGUUUCCCAUACCUUCCCAAUUUGAACUGCCAAGAGAAUAUCGGAACCGUUUCCUUCACAUGCACGAACUCCAAGAAUGGAGGGCAUAUAGAGACAAGCUCAAAUUCUGGACCCAUUGUGUUCUAGUAACACUUAUUGUAUUUACAAUCAUCUCAUUUUUUGCUGAACAGCUAAUUGCACUUAAACGAAAGAUUUUUCCAAGGAGAAGGAUCCAAAAGGAAGUUGGUCAUGAGCGAAUCAAAGUGUAAAAGAGCUUUAUUUUGGAGAUCAGUCUACCUCAAGAUGUGAUAAGCAUUUAAAAAUCUCUCUCAUAAGUGUCUUUUAUGGUUUGACAUUUAACUACGUUGAUACUGAGAAAAAAAAUCAUGCCUCUACAGUUAGAAUCUCUGCAGUACUCUUCAUGAUAUACAAGCUGCUGGACCUGUGACAGUGCAAAACAACAUGAAAAAUAAUUGCAGGAAUCCUGUACAUAGGCAGUUUUCAACAGAUCUUAACUUUACAACUGUUAGUUCAUGGCCAUGUUAUCCUUUUUUAUAAAAAGGGUUACCUAAAGGAAUGUAGCUGCAUUUAUUGCAGUAGGUGUGUUGCCAACUAGAUAAAAUCUUGGAAGGCAAAGUUGUUUGGGAUCAGCUUAACAGGUCCUUGAUCUUGCAUUCCAAAACAUUUUGCAAAUUUCUGUUGUUGCUGC